CUUCUUCUCCACCUGCCUCUUCACGCCCACCAAACCAGACCUCCCCUCCCCUCCAUUCCCGUCGCUCGCGUCCGCAUCCCGACGCUCCCUCCCCCCGUUCGGCUCUGCUCAACCGGACAUGGCCUUGUCGCGGGCAGCUUCGUCUCCGUCGCACGCCGGCCUCCUCAAGCCCCUCGCCGCCGCCAUUUCCUCCCCCUUCCUCCGCCGCCCGAUCUCCACGGACGCCACCCCCAUCACCGUCGAGACCUCCGUCCCCUUCACCGCCCACCGAUGCGAGGCCCCCUCCCGGACCGUCGAGACGACCGCCCAGGAGCUGGUCGGAUUCUUCCGCAUCAUGGCCCUGAUGCGCCGCUCGGAGAUCGCCGCCGACUCCCUCUACAAGGCCAAGCUGAUCCGAGGGUUCUGCCACCUCUACGACGGGCAGGAGGCCGUCGCCAUCGGCAUGGAGGCCGCCAUCACCAAGAAGGACUGCAUCAUCACCGCGUACCGCGACCACUGCACCUUCCUCGGCCGCGGGGGUAGCCUCCUGGAGGUGUUCUCGGAGCUCAUGGGGAGGCAGGCCGGCUGCUCCAAGGGAAAGGGAGGAUCGAUGCAUUUUUACAGGAAGGAAGCUGGAUUCUACGGCGGUCAUGGAAUCGUCGGGGCUCAGGUUCCGUUGGGUGUUGGAUUGGCCUUUGCGCAGAAGUAUAAUAAGGACGAGAGCGUGAGUUUUGCUUUGUAUGGCGACGGGGCUGCGAACCAAGGGCAGUUGUUCGAGGCGCUUAACAUGGCCGCGCUAUGGGAUUUGCCAGCUAUUUUGGUCUGCGAGAACAAUCACUAUGGAAUGGGGACGGCCGAGUGGAGAGCUGCGAAGAGUCCUUCAUAUUACAAACGUGGGGAUUAUGUACCGGGUUUAAAGGUGGACGGCAUGGAUGCCCUUGCUGUGAAACAGGCAUGCAAAUUUGCUAAGGAGCAUGCUUUGAAGAAUGGCCCUAUUAUUCUUGAAAUGGACACCUAUAGGUAUCAUGGCCACUCCAUGUCAGACCCGGGGAGCACAUACCGUACUCGUGACGAAAUCAGUGGUGUACGACAGGAGCGUGAUCCAAUUGAAAGGAUUAGAAAGCUGCUAUUAUCUCUUGACCUGGCAACAGAAAAGGAGCUGAAGGAUAUCGAGAAGGAAGUAAGAAAAGAGGUUGAUGAAGCUAUUGCUCAAGCCAAGGAAAGUCCAAUGCCUGAACCAUCUGAACUGUUCACCAAUGUGUACGUGAAAGGUUACGGAGUUGAGAGCUUUGGAGCAGAUAGGAAAGAAGUGAGAGCCGUGCUUCCAUGAAAUCGGAUUUUUUUGGGAAGUAUCAAAAAGGUAUUUUGACCUCUGCAGAUGCCAAAGUCACGAACAAAAGGAAGAAUAACAGGUGGGACCAAGAUGACUGCCAAUUUGUGGCCUCCUUGUUGUCUUUUUUUUUUUUUUUUUCUUUUGGUAUGUGCAGCAGAGGUGAACUAAAAUUAUUUUUUACUUUUCGCUUUUCCUUUUACGCUUUGUCUAUUUUUUGUGGUUUUCUCGGUUACUUCUUUUCUUGGGUUCGAAAAGUUCAAUGAAUGUGCCAAGGAUGUUUUGAACACAUUGUAGUGACCUUCUAAAAAGGUCCGUUUGAUUUAGCAGUUGCCAUGCUGUUUGUGCUCUGUAAAAAUAAAAGAGCAUUAAUGGAAUUCACUUUUACUCCGAGCACAAUAAGAGUUUGGGACCA